GAGGUCGGCACAGAAAGCGCUGUGGACCGCGGCAAGUCAACCAAGUCGUUCUUGAUGUCGUUAUUUGAAGCUGACGACCACCACAGUGUUGAAGGGCUCGACACUUUCAACGCGUGUUAUGGUGGCACAAAUGCCCUGUUCAGUACCACGAGCUGGAUCCAGAGCAAAGCAUGGAAUGGCACGUACGGUGUCGUGGUCUGUUCCGACCCGGCGGUCCAUCCGGAUCCCGCGACCAUCUCUGCCAUUGGAGCCUCCUCAAUAUCCCUUGUAGUA